AUGGGUUUCAACAGUUUCGACAGUCUGGUUCAUCAAAUCGCUUGGACGCCCGCCGCACUAUCAGAGACGCCACUGAGAUUUCAAAAGGUGGUCUUUUUGGCAAGUGACAGAGAGAAAAAUAUCAAUUUGUCUUCCUACAUGCAGCAAGUUGCCGACGAGGGUCUUGAAUCAGCCAUUAUUUGUGAAAUCUCGGAGCUGGGUCCAUCACUGAUACCUGGUACCAUCAUUGUUCAGAUCCCGGAUUUGGCAAGAGUUAGGGAUGGUGUCUAUGACGCCGCGACCAGAUCAUGCGCGAAUUUGGUUGCAGCAGCUCAGAUGCUGCUCAAGCUCAGCAAAAUCAAGGGCCAGGCAAGUAUGAACACGGCUUGCAAGCUAUUUUCUAUUAUCAGCCUGGACUCUAGUGUCAACGACCUAGGAUUCGCCCCGCUUCGUGGCCUAGCCCGUGUGUUGCAGAUGGAAAUCCCAGAGAUCUUCGGUGGACUAUUCGAAGAAAGUCGAAAGUGUUUCCCAUUUUCUGCUAUCAGAUAUGCCCGGGGUUAUGACGUGGUCAGGAUUUUUGAAGGUGUGGCACAGACGGGUUCACUCCAGUCUCUUGUCAAGCAACCAAACCAGAAAGCGCUAAUAUUCAGCUCUGAUGGUACAUACCUGAUUACAGGCGGAACACGAGGCGUGGGCCUUGAGGUUGCAACUUGGAUGUGCGAACGGGGUGCUAGAAACCUUUUACUGGUGUCCCGCCGUGGUCUCUCGUCAUAUCAUGGACCGGAGAAUGCAGACCAACAUUCAGAUUUUGAAAGGCUCAUCUCAAGAAUUGCCCAGCUAGAAGCCCAAGGUGUCCGUAUCGAAGUUCUUGGAAUUGAUGUCGCCCAGCCUAGGGCAGACUCGGCUUUGGGCCAAGCUAUCAAAGAUCUAAAAAUGCCCACGGUGAAGGGAGUCUUCCAUGGGGCCGGUAUUUCUGGCUACCAUACACUUCAGCGUUGCACAGCAUCUGAUAUUGGCGAAGUAUUAUCACCAAAGGUGGUCGGAGCGUUGAACAUUACUGCCUUGUUCCCACCGGGGCAGCUAGACUUUUUAUUUCUCGCCUCUUCAAUUGGCCAGCUGAUUGGUUUUCCUGGCCAGUUAGCGUACGCCGCAGCGAAUUCAUUCCUGGACGAAUUGGCGUUGCAUAGAAGAAGCCAAGGAGACCGUUGCACGUCAGUUCAAUGGGGGGGUUGGCGCGACGUUGGACUGAUGGCACAAAGCAAGUCGGUAACGCGUAUGCUUAAUAAGGGAAUGCAAGCUGCGGGAAUUGCAACCGUUACAAAAGAAGAGGCAUUCAAAGCCUGGGAGCAAAUUGCACACCUUGACACAGGCAAUGUUGCUGUCGUUCGUGUGUUAGAGCCUGAGCCCGGCGAACUGCCAAGGCAUCCCAUGCUCAAGAACUUCAUAGCGCGUCCACAGCAAGAGAGGAACACCGAUUUUUCCAAAUACCCUGAGCAUGCCGUUGCAGUGGUUGGGAUGGCAUGCCGAACAGCAGCGGGAGAUACGUUGGAAGACUUCUGGGAGGUGAUAGAAGAGGGACGCAGCAUGGCGCGGGAGAUGGAUGCCAAGCGAUUUCCCGAUGUACCCCAAGGCAGAUUGUGGGGAAAUUUCCUAUCCGACAUCGAUUCUUUUGAUCAUCAGUUUUUCAAAAAGUCAAAACGCGAGGCGUCGGCGCUAGAUCCGCAUCAACGCCUACUGCUCCAAACUACAUACCAUGCGCUCGAAUCAGCGGGAUGCUUCGGUUAUGGGAAGCAACAGAAACCGGAGAGCUAUGACAAGGAAAAGAAUGAAGAUACUACAGGCUGCUUUAUUGGCAUGAAUGCGCCUGAUUAUCCGCUCAACCUAUCCUGCCACCCACCCUCGCCGUACACGGCCCUUGGAAUGCUUCGGUCAUUUGUUUCCGGGCGAUUAAGCCAUCAUUUUGGCUGGACUGGUCCAUCACACGUCAUCGAUACUGCUUGCUCCUCGGCCAUGGUGGCCAUUCACCAAGCAUGCCAAGCUAUCCAGGCGGGUGAAUGCACACGAGCCGUUGCUGGUGGUGUUAAUCUGAUUACAAACACGGCAUUAUCCGAAGCCCUAAGGGCAGGUGGAUUUACCAAUCAGACUGGUGGCUGUAAGACAUUUGAUGCAUCAGCCGAUGGAUACUGCCGGGGCGAGGCCGUAGGUGUGGUGGUCCUCAAAUCCCUAGCCAAGGCGCUCAAAGAUGGGGAUGACAUACAAGGUGUUCUGCUAGCUACUGCAAAUAAUCAGAAUGUCAAUUAUACUAGCAUCACGAACCCUGUCUUGGAGAGCCAGGUUGCACUGUAUAAAGAAGUGUUAGCUCGUGCUGGGAUUAGCCCAAAGGAUAUAUCCUAUGUCGAGGCCCAUGGCACGGGAACACGCAGCGGCGAUCCAGUCGAGGUCAGUGCGAUCCGCCAGGCUCUAGGAGGUGUGAAAGAAAGGUCUCACCCUUUGCAUAUCGGUGCGGUGAAGCCUAAUGUCGGCCAUGCUGAGGGUGCUUCCGGUGUGGUGUCAUUGAUCAAAGUUUUGCUCAUGUUGAAACACGGCAAAAUCCCCCCGCAAGCUGGAUUUCGAAAUUUGAAUCCAAAUAUCGCUCCUCUUGAGCCAGAUGGACUGGCUAUCUCAAAAUCAUUACAUGCCUGGGAUGACAAGUGGAGAUUGGCACUGGUUAAUAAUGCUGGUGCUUCAGGAAAUAAUGCAUUCGCGGUUCUUGCGCCUGCACCUGUGUGCCAACAUAUCUCGAAUUCGGCUGUGGAGUCAGCUGCGCCUGAUUUGGUCAAGGCAGCUUGGCCUAUUUUCAUUUCUGCGGCCUCCAAAGAGAGCCUCUUGGCUUAUUGUGCGACAUUCAUGGACCGAAUCCGCAAUGGCAGGUUUGCUUAUCAGCCAUUGUCCCAUGUUUCUUAUGCUUUAGCAACGAAGCAAAACCGCCAACUUCAGCACACAUUCUGCACCACAGCAACAUCUAUUGAUAACUUGCAAACCCAGUUGUCUGAGCUCGAAAGACAUAUCACGGCAUCCCCAAAUCCAAAGCCUAUCGUUCUUAUGUUCAGCGGACAGAACGGGAACAUUGUACCAGGGGCUAAGUUGAUGUACAGUGGUUCCUUACUCUUUAGGAAAUAUCUCCAUAAGUGCGAGGAAGUGAUGCAGUCCCUCGGCCUGCCUAGUCUAUUGACAGCUGCAUUAGAGGGAAUUCAAGGUGAUGCCGAUCUCGUCAUCAGACACGCCGCUAUGAUUGCAAUUCAGUACUCCUGUGGAAUGGCGUGGAUUGACUCAGGUAUAAUUCCACAGGCAGUUUGUGGCCACUCGUUGGGAGAAUGGACAGCGAUGGCAAUUUCAGGCGCCAUCCCGCUAGAGGAAUGUAUGAGGCUUGUGACUGGCUUGAAAUUAGGACGCGCCGAACUUAUCCAAAAGCUUUGGGGGGCAGACAAAGGAGCAAUGAUUGCUAUAGACACCGACUUACUUGCAGCAGACAUGACCCCAACAAGGCAUUUGAGCUUCUUUCGAGAGGAGUACCCUGAGACCAAGCUUGAUAUUUCAUGUUACAAUGGACCCAACAACUAUGUUGUUGCAGGCGCCACUGCUGACAUCGAAACACUCGAAUCAUAUUUGAAAAGCAGCAAGGCAAAUGGUGAAAGGAUACGGUAUAAAGUCAUGAGAGGGAUGCACGCUUAUCAUUGCGCCUUGGUUGACUCGAUACUAAGCCACAGUGCAGAGCUAUGCGCUCCAGUAGAUUACAGGCAAAUCUCUGACUUGAAGCAGGAGACAACAUUUGCGUUUGAAACAUGCCACGAAGGUCCCUGGGAUAUUCCAGGGGGGGAUAUAAUCGCUCGGAAUACGCGUGGGGCUGUCUACUUCACCCAAGCCAUUUCGCGAAUUGUGAAUCGCCUCGGGUCCUGUACGUUCCUGGAAGCUGGGAUCGGAGGUCCUAUCAUAUCGAUGGCGCGGAACGCGCUUCUGCAAUCCCAGUCCCAGCACAUAUUCAUUUCAAUCGGUGCGAAGGACCCAGUGCAAUCCCUAGCAGAUGCCACAGUCUCACUGUGGAAGGCUGGGCAAUCCGAUUUGCAGUUUUGGCCAUUCCACAGAGAGGAGCGGUCAGGCUAUGUACCCACCGCGCUACCGUCUUACCAGUUCGAGAAAAAUGGGCAUUGGAUUGAAUAUACCGGAAUCCCCAACCAUACAGAAAACAGAAAUGUGCAACCGCCGCAACAAUCGCAACAACCUAGAACAUGCCCCCACUGCUUGAAGGAUACAAGUGACUUUUCCUAUAUCUCACGGGAUGAUUCAAAGGGUCAGAGUGGAAAUCAGUACAAUUUCACUAUCGAUAUACGCAGUCGCCGUUAUCAAGAUCUCGUCAAAGGUCAUGCCGUGGUAGGAUCCCCGAUAUGUCCAGCUGGGAUGUACCUGGAGCUAGCUUCGCAUGCUAUCACCUUAUUGCCAGAUGCAGUUUAUAUCAGCGCCCCUUGGGAGAUUGUGAGCCAGGGCUUAGAUAUCAAAGCGCCUUUGGGCUUAGACGCAAAACGAGCAGUCACACUGUCAUUGACAAACCAGGCGAAGAACUUGUGGGAGUUCGAGCUCUCAUCCACGAGAAACCAAAGCACACAAACUUCGCAUGCCACCGGCGUUAUCUGCUUGCAGCAGGGGAAUAGAAGGAAUUCUUCCGAGGGCGGCAGUGAUAGAGCCAAAUGGGAUCGCAUCUCUAACUUGCUAGAUGAAGAUGAGGACACAGAAUCCUUGCGUGGCACGAUGGUGUAUAAGGUCUUUGGUAAAAUGGCCAAGUAUUCGCCGCCCUACAAGGGUAUCAAAUAUCUAGUUGGUAAAGGAGUAGAGGGCGCAGGCGACAUCAAAAUGCCGGGACAAGACUUGGAUGCCAUCGCUAAAUCACCAAACUCUAAAAUUGCUGACCCAUUGCUUAUGGACAACUUCUUGCAAGUAGCAGGUGCAUUCGUGCACUCACUUCGCGAGAGUGAAAGGGAAUUGGACGAUGAAAUAUCCUGUGUCUGCACAGGGAUGGGUUUGGUUGGACCUUUGAGUGAGCUGCAUGGUAGUGGUGUAUACCGAGUCUACACGAAGAUUCUCCAGGAGGACAAAAAGCAGAUUUUGCUGGAUGUUUUCGCUUUCGAUAAAAAAACCAAAUUGAUGAUUUGGUCUGCCAAGGGCCUCAAAUUUGCCAGAAUCCCCAGAAAUUUGCUGAGCAGGAUCGUGGCGGUGGCCAGCCCAGAAUGGAAUCUCGAGGAACAGGCAAUUAAGCUGCCAAAACCUAUUGCUCCAGGUGCCUUGCCGGUACCUGAGCCCUCACAGCAAACAACGUUCCCUGUGACAUCGGAAGAUACUAGCAAGAAUUAUACGUCGAUCGACGUAUUUAGCGACGUUCAAGAUAUUCUCAGCGAGUCGCUAAAUGUCGAUAUACAGGAAAUCAUCAUGGAGGCGUGGAUGGAGGAUCUUGGCGCUAACCCGCUGAUUGGAUCUGAGAUCCUAGCGCUUGUGACCACAAAAUAUGACAUCGACAUCGCAACCGAUGCUUUCGCGAUGGUGACGACCGUGAAAUCUCUGUGCGAACUGAUUUCAGAUCACCUGAGUAUUGGAGCUGCUCAGAUCAAAAAGGAUGAAGACAUUGGUGACAAAAAGCCAGAUUUGAGCGUUGAAGUAGCCAAUCAGACGCCUCCAGAUUGGCAAAAGACGAUUUUUGAGAUCCUAAGUCGGUCUCUCGAGCUGAAUAUUGUAGAAAUCAAAAUGGAGUCAAAGAUGGAAGAUUUGGGCGCCGACUCCCUCGUCGCCGCAGAGAUCGUUAGUCACCUGAAUGAUGCAUUCAAGCUGAGUGCCUCACCCACGGAUUUUGCCACGGUUGAAGACGUCAAAUCGCUCUGUGACUUCAUUUCCACGGCCUUGGGUAUAGCUCCAUUAAAGAGACGAAUCUCAAGUUCGGCCAGUGAUUCUUCCGAAACUCCGUAUUCAACGCUAAUUACAUCGGAGACAAAAGACCUGGAGUUGGUCAGCCCAACAAGCGAUGAGAAGCAAGCCUCUAUCCAAGAUAAUGCAAGGUCACUGUGGGAAAGCUUUCGAAGAAUCCGUCGUCGCUUUGAUCACCACGCCAUAGAGAACAAGCUCGCCGGAUUUUGGGAUCAUGUAUACCCACAGCAGCUGAGCGCAGUUGCUUCCUUUAUUGUGGAAGCUUUCGAGAAGCUUGGCUGUCCUAUCAAGACAUUCACUCAGGGAGAAAAACUACCUGAGCUCCAAAACACACUGCCUCGGUGGCAUAGAGAAGUGCCGCGAUUAUGGGAGAUCUUGGAAGAAGCUGGCAUCGUCGAAAGGGCUGGAGAAAGCUUCGUGCGCGGUUCAGCGCGCAUUCAGAAUGAUGGUGAUAAUCUUACUGUGAGGUUGAUUUCGGACUUCCCUCAGUAUACAUCGUCGCACGGCCUAUUCCAGCUCAUUGGACCACACCUAGCCGAUUGUUUGACAGGAAAAAUUGAUCCCGUUUCCAUUCUUUUCGGCAGCAAAAUGGGACGAAAUCUCCUGGCGGACUAUUAUGCCAACGCACCUGAUCUUAAUACCGCGACUAAGGUCCUCUGUGAAUUCUUCUCCGCCGCAAUUCAGGACCGAAGCCCCAACCCUGAUCACGAGCCCUUCCGUAUCUUGGAAAUAGGAGCUGGUACAGGUGGUACAACCAAACAUCUCGUCCCGGUGCUACAGGCCACCGGGCUCCCGUUCACCUAUACCUUCACAGAUAUCUCGGCAUCGCUCCUCACGCAUGCGAAGAGAACAACAUUCAAGGGCAUCGCAGGGGUGGAAUUUCGGAAACUGAAUAUUGAGGAAGAUCCCAGUGAGGAUUUGCUGGGGCGUUACCACAUUGUUCUUUCGACAAACUGCAUACAUGCAACACACAAGCUUCGGGGAAGUCUGGCUAAUAUCCGCAAGCUCGUACGACCAGAUGGCUGUGUUGCGUUAGUCGAAGUAGGACAAAAGCGUGCAUGGUAUGAGCUGGUAUGGGGGCUUUUGGAUGGGUGGUGGUUUUUCAAUGACGAUCGCACUUACCCACUCCAAAGUCCGUGGGAGUGGGAGCGAGCAAUGCAUGACACUGGAUUUGCAGACGUCGAUUGGUCCGAGAGCGCGAGUCGCGAGUCAAGAGAUGUUCGGGUGAUUUGUGGAAUGGCGAACGAGGUAAAGAACUCAUUUUCGACCAAGGCAACCUCGAUGCUGUUGCACCGCGGUUCAACUUCUGCUGACCGCAACCUAUUCCUAAUUCCUGAUGGUUUUGGCUCUGGUGCGGUGUUUGGCGCACUUACACCGCUACUGCAACGUAUCACAGAUCUCUCUGUUUACGCACUCAAUAGCCCGUUUCUCAGAAAUAUUCCGAAUUUGGAAAGCCAGACCUCUCUCGAGGAGCUUGCCGGCAUUUACGUUACAGAGAUUAAGCGUCGACAGCCAAGAGGUCCUUACCUGAUCGGAGGAUAUUCCAUCGGCGGUGUGAUAGCCUAUGAAGCAGUGCGACAGCUUCUUGAGGCUCAGAAUGAGGUUGAAAAAUUGUUCCUGUUUGACACAAUAUGUCCGACUCUCGGGAACUGCCUCCCAGACAAUUUGGCCGAAUUUUUAGACUCCAUUCGUACCAUCGGAAUGACCAAUGGGAAUGCAAUUCGACGUCUCAUAAUGAGUGAUCAUUUUGCCUUUUCCCGGCAGCUGCUGAUGAGGUAUCAAGUAAGCAAAUUACCGGGAAAGAAGACCCCACCAGUUGUGCUGGUCUCGGCCAAGGAGGGCGUGGAUAAGCAGGAUGAGAUCCCGAGGCCAAAGGUGAGGCCAGAGGAGCAGAACAUUGCAGACUGGUUUUUGGAUGAUCGCACUGGCGAUGAAUCCUUCGGGUGGAAUGGACUUCUAGGAAGCGGAAACGUGAGCGUUAUUCGCGCUGAUGGCAGUCACUUCUCCUUGAUGUUGUCUUCCAAGGUCAGUCAUUACCAACACAUAUUGCUGAGCAUAUACUGA